AUCAAUGCAAGAUCGGUCAAGCAGCAAUCUAGUCUAUACAGAAAUGGCGCAGCUAGGGUCCACACACCGACGCGCUUGAUCGGUACAAUUGCUGCUCCACAAACAAUGUCACGCAACUACGGAUAAAUACACACACACACCGAUCUACCAUCGCUCUGCCCCUUCUCACACCCUAUCUGUCCAUCCAUUCAUCUCUCUAUCACAGUCCUCCCCUUAUCUGUCCCUGGCUGCAGCUGUACAGUGUUCAUCUCCAUAGCUCCACCCAUCCCCAGGCCCCCACCGCUGCUGUUGCCAUUGUUGCUGCCGCUCCCAACGCUCCCGGACCCGUCAAUGUCAUUGCGGUUCCGCCGCGUCAUAACCCCACUCGUCAAGACGCGGAUGUCACCAGGGGAAUACGUCGACCGAAAUGCACCCUCACUGUUGCUGCUGUUGGCGUCAUUGUUGCUGGCGUCUCGGUCUGCGAGGAGGGAGGGGCUGCGUGCACUGCUGGAUGGGUGGUCGUGUCUCGUAAAGGGUGUGAAUGCCGAUGUCAGCGAGAAUCUGCGCGGCGACCUCGGCCCUCCGUGGCGGUAAGUGUAGUGGGGCGGGGGGAAGGGUGGCAUCGACAUAAGCCCGCCUGUGGCCGUGGAUUGGGGCAGCUCCUGCUCCUCCUCGUCGUAUAGCUUGGCGUACUGCGGAGGCGCCAUGAACCUGCACGUAUAUCGCAAACGGAUUAUGGAUGUGCUUAGACGUUAUUGCGUGUCGAUGGGAGGCUGACCGUCUUAUGAGUUGGAACAUGUGUAUGGGCAGCCAUGAGAGCGCCACCAUGGCGGCGACCUUGCCCCAGAACUGGAGUGUCAUGAUGAAGUAGAUGUCGAAUUGGCUGCGGAUGAUGAACAUCGAAAAGACGUACACGUGCACCGUCACAAUCUCGGCCGCUAUCAUCAGCGGAUGCCAUGUACGAACCUAGCAUUGAUACGACCAACAUGCACAAACACCCAUCUGUGUGUGGUCUGGUGCGCUGGGGUUAAUUUGUGUGCAUGUGCGUGACCUCUGACGCGACAUUGAGGAGCUCAGACAGGAUGAGGGCCGUGAAACAAAUGGCCACAAUGUUCAGAAAGGAGUCCUGCAGACAAACAGAAAUAUGGAACCAAAAAGUCAUCCUUGCCGCUGAUGCAUGGAUGGCUGUCUCUCUGUUGGUGCGUAUGUCUGACUUGGAAUAGGAGGACAGCGACGCCCAUGAUGACGCAGCCCUGGUAGGUGCUCUUCCACACCCAGCCGAAGAACGUCUUGAGCGACAAAAUGCGACCGCUGCGCAAAGUCUCAUACAGCUGCACCCACCAAACCCCACGCACACCGCACAGACAGAAGUCUUUUACGUGUUUGCGUUUGUAUGUCCCCAUGCUGACCAUGGGGUACAUGAAGACGGUCGAUUCUGGGAGUUCGACGUCGAGGACGAGAGCGAAUACCGGCGCCAUGGUGUAGUAGGUGCCGUACCCCACCAUGAGCCAGUUCUGGAAGAUGCCCACUGGGAUGCAGUAGAAGAUGGCGCUGAACAGCACCUGGAUGAUCGCUAUCACCAGACCACGGUGAAUCACAAACUGGGCCAACCGAGACGACCUGCACACACAUACGCAACACCACACAGAUGGAUGAAUGGAUGGAUGGGUAGAUGUCACGACCGACCGACCGACCGUUGGUAUGAGUUUCGUCCGUGCCAGAGGAGGAGUCUAAGCAGGUAUCUGAACUGCACGAUGGAUAUAUCGGCCGCCAGGGCGGCCUGCAUGCCCUCCUUCCCCACAAUACCCACGCCCAUGUCAGCGGCCUGCAGACGUAUGCACACAAAUGAGCAUGUGUUGAUCUAUCAACCUACGUACGUCUACAUACCUGUAUCAUGCUGACGUCGUUGCCCCCGUCCCCGAUGGCACAUGUGCGCCCCUUGGUGAUGCUCUUGAUCGCUCGAACCACCUCGGCCUUCUGGGUCGGCGAGCAGCGGCAGCACACCUGCAUGACGCAACACACGGUGGGUGGUGUCCUGGGCAGUUGUGGGCUGUCCCUGCACAUACCACUGAUGGCGCCUGUCCUGCGACAGAGACGAACAGUUCGGGGCACACGCGGAGGAAGAGGCCCACCAAGGCACCGUCCAGCACCAAGACAGAGUUGCUCGCCACCUGACAUACACACACAACAUCUCAUGUGGCAACUGGCAGUCCUGGUCCUCCUUUUGUGUGUGUUGCGUUUCCCACCCGUCCGAAUCUGUGGAUGGCCUGCACGGCUGCCUCGGUGGUGGUGAUCUCCUUGCUCGUCAACACAUGCAGCGAAUGAAGACGGGACUUCAGACCUAAACACCAGCCCCACCGUCACCAACACAACACAGGAGCAUCCUUACACCAUCCCUGCCCUCCAUCUUUCUCUCUCUCACUGUCUGUCUGACUGACCGGCACUGAUUGCGAUGCAGGUGGCAGUUUCGACUUUGUCUCCAGUGAGCAUCCAGACCUUGACCUUGGCCUCUUGCAGCUUCUCGAGUGUGAGUUUGACAUCCUCCUGCAGCUUGUCCUCCACACCCGUCAAGGCCAGCAGCUGGAGCUCACGCUCUAGCCCGGCGAUGGUGCUGCGAAUGCGGUCGGUCUUCAGACUCGCCUUGGCCUGACCGUAACUGAUAUACAUACCAGAGGGAGGGAGGGAGGGUGGGGUUCAUUGAUCUCAUCUGAUGUGUUGUGUUGUGUUGUGCGGUGUCCAUCUACCGUGUGUUGAAGUCCUGGAACUCUUGUGGCGCUAGCUCCCGAUAGGCCACCACCAGGGUGCGCAGACCGUCUCUGAUCAGACACAAUAGACAGACACAGAGGCGGGGAAGACAGGCGGAGAGAGUGUGUGAUGGUACAUGGGUUGGUCACGGUGGGUCACCUGGCGAAGUUGCCGCACUCCUCUGCGAGCCAUCCCGACGCCUUUUGUCUGAGCAUCGACAUCAUGACGCUCUCAGCACCCUUGACGAAGAACAAUAUCCGACCUGACCACCUGCACAGCACAGACAGACACUCAGACAUGGGAACACUGCACUCUCUCUCCGUCUGUAUGUGUAUGCUACCGACCGUUCCCUGACGAUGAUGCCCAUGCGUUUGGUUUCUGAGGAGAAUGGGAAGCAGGCCAGGAUGUCGUACGACACCUCACGGCCGUCCGGCGCCUCCAAUGUCAUGCUCGACGCGUCACGCUACAAAUCACAGCCGACCAUGUGACAUGUUUGAUGUCCUCAUUGUGUUGUGCAAUUGCAUGGUGCGGUGUGGUGCGGUGUGAUGCGCACCUCUCUGAGCUGCAGACCGACUCUCUUUGCGAGCGUCACGAGCGCCACCUCAUCAGGACUCGACGCUUGGAACGACACCUGACGAAUGGACCGAGGCAGCAAGGAGAGCAGACACGUGUGACGAUGAUCUUUGCACAUAUCGGUGGAUAUUCUGACCCCUUUGUCAGUGUUGAGUGGCGUGACGUUGUGGCAGAGGCCGAGCGCCACGACGGCCAUCUGGAGGGCAACCACCUCGUCAGCACGGCGCAAUCGCGCACCCACCAGAGACGAAGAUGACAUGCCAGAAUCUGAACACAACCAUACAGACGUCCAUCCAUCCAUCGCCGCAUUAAGUGGGCGCCUGUUCCUCUUGCCCACGUACCUCUUCUGGAGGUGACCAUGUUGUCGGUGUCGUUGUUGUUGUUGAUGGAUGUGGUGCUGACAAGUGAGGGCGUGGCCACCCCGCUGCUAGCCGAACCGUCCUUGCUCGCCUGCCGUGGCUGCCGAGGCACACGAGAUAUCAUCGCUGACUGAGGCGCCGCACCACCGUUGGCCGACAGGGGGGGCGGGGCUGACUCAGAGUCGGUGAAGGCCGCCUUGAGCGUCGCCCGCAGCUCUUAACGCAGAGAUGGAGAGAAAGGGAUGGAAGGAGGGGCAGUCUGUGUGCACACCACUGCAUACCGUCGAGUGUGUCUUCGGUGAAGAGUGUGAAUCCCAGGUGGAUCUUCUUGAAGAUCAUCUCGUUCUUGGUGAGGGUGCCCGUCUUGUCCGACAACAGGUAGUCGAUGCGACCCAGCUCCUGCACAUAGAUACACACAUACACACAUACGCACAUGCACACAGACAGAGAGGGUCGCUUUCUUCCUCGAUCGAGGCUGCAUCCCCAUCUGUAUUGUAUGGAUGAAUGUGAGGCUGCUGACUGACUUCGGGUAUGGAUGAGGUGCGCACUUUGGUCUCGGGGAUCUUCCAGUCACGCGCUAUCUGAGCGAUCGAUCGGUUAAAGCACCCACCCCCCGGAUAGAGACGUGGACACAUGGACUGGUAUCCGUCAGACCUACUUGCAGUGAGUAGAGUGCCUUGGCCAUGUCGAGGUUGACGCGCAUCGAUAUCGGGAUGAUGCUCGACAGCAACAAGAUAAACCUACCGCCCAUCAAUCAAUCGACCAGUGAGUGUACACAUAGAAUCCUUACCUGUGUGUGUGUGUGUCUAUGUGUGUGUUUGUACCUGAAGAAGUGUAUGUACCAGAUGCCCGUGAGCCCCUGGGGCCUGGUGCAGACGAGUAGGAAGGCGAGGGAGAGGAGGAUGACGCACAGGAUCUUGCUGAAGAAGUUGAUCUCCAUGUCCAACAGACCCACUUUGCUGAUCGUGUGCUGCGUGUUCAUCGCACUGCGCGUCUCCACACCCGUGUAUAUCGCUACACCCAACACCUGCACACGGACGCAGACACGGAUGGAUGGAUGGGUAUAAGAGAGUGCCGUGUUGCCCUACCUGUCCUGACGAGACGACUGUGUUGGCCCAGAGUGUGUUUUCGAGGGUGAGCGGCUCACUCGACACGUUGGACACCCGACGGGGGCUGGACGGCGACCCGCCUACCACAUCCUACACACAUACAUACACACACAACAGGACAAUACAUACAUACAUCGGCCUUUUCUUUCUGGUCACUGACUGACCCCCAGGUCUGCAUUGCUGCCCUGGCUGCUGAAGCUGUCGCUCUUCUGGUACGCCGGCGCCGCCGGCCACUGAGCAGCAGAAGCCGAAGGGGCCUCCUGGUCGCCCCCAGGCCUCUCCGACUGCACCCCUCCCAACGCCGUCUCAUCACCGGCCCCUCUGCUCUGCCGCUGUUGUUGUUGCUGCCGCUGCUGCAACAGCUCCCGUUUGUUGAAGACGGUGAAGCAGCCCAUGAACUCAUAAAUGUCCCGCCGCGGCUUCUCCGCUACCAGCUCCCCCCGCACACGGAAUAUGUCGUCAUUGCGCCGAAGUGCCUGGAUGAAGGGCACGGGCCUCCUGAGCUUCCAGUCGGUCUCGCCGUCGAGCUGGUCGGUGCGGAGGAAAGUCGACCCGCCCUUCUCGGUCGUCUUGAGGAACAGCAGGUCGCAUGGAACGCGCUGGUCGGCGUUGACCUGGAUGAUGUCGCCCACUCUGAUGUCGGCCGCAGUCACCUCGCGGAACCCCUCAUGGGGCGUGAGCUUGCGAUACUUUUGGCCGUUGACCUCCCUGUCGCGUCUGUAUCGCUUGAGGUCGUCUGCCGCCUCCUUGAUCAUGGUCACGCUGAUGACAAACACCAGUGGCGUGAGGUAGGUCACCAGGUUGCCCACCCGAAGCACCGGCACCAGCUGGGCGAGCGCCACGCACAGGAAGAAAAAGUUGAAGAAGAAGCGGAACUGCUGGUACAGCACCAACGGGACGAACGUCAGCACGUUGUACUUGUGGUUCUUGACCACGUUGGGCAGGUGCCGCGAUGCCUCGGGCUCGGUCGUCACGGACCCAUCGCCGGCCAUGCGGAUGGUCCUCUCGAGAUAGGCCCGCCGCCCCAUGCACCGCAGCGUGCGGACCAUGCCCCUCCAGGCCCUGCAGCAGAUCCACCUGCUGCCGCAGCCACGGUGGUCACCGCCCAUGCCCGCAGAUGACCGCCUGCUGCGCCUGGCCGUGCUGCUCUCGCCGUCUGCAUCUUGGUCGGUCAUUUCGAUCAUGUGUUCGUCGGUAGGGUCUUGCUGUCUGAGUAGGCUCUGUUCGGCAGUGUUCAUGGUGUCGUCCUCGUGGGCAGCGUGCAGGGCCGAAAGCACCGAUCUGUUCGGCCGCCGAUGAGGGUAGUGAUACGACGAUAGACGCGUAAUGGUGGCGGCUGGCUGCGAUGCGGCUGACUGGACUCACGCGCGAGCAAAGUUGGACUGGUUCAUCAUCUCAUUCAUCAAUGACAUAAGCCGCGCUGUCACAGCUUUGACGAGAUCAGCAGCAGAUCGCCAGAGGGGACAAGCUUCCACGCUCACUCCUGUCCUCCCUCUUCGCG